AUGACAACGACAACUGAUUUCCCUCGAGGCGCGUUCAAGAAUGAUACAAAACGGUUAUCGAUUCAGAAAAGCAACAUUAAGAACCUUACGAAAGAAGACUUUGUAGGCCUCCCUGCGUUGGUAUAUCUACGUAUGUCCCAAGGGAACUUGAGUUACAUACAGGAAGGGACCUUUCAGCAACUUUUGAAUUUGACUAUAGUUGCUUUGUAUGACAACAAACUUGUAUCAAUCACGCCUGGCGUCUUUGCGAACAUCUCCAAAUUAACUGAAGUUUACUUGGGUAAAAAUCCUUUUGAAGUAUUACCAGAUGGCAUGUUUGAAAACAGUUUGCUGAGAACAUUGUUUCUCCGAUACUCCAAACUCAACUAAACUGCAUUGGAUGCCAUUGGUAGUGGCCGUGUGACUAAAACCAUUACGGAGUUGUACCUUGGUUUCUCAAAUUUUCCUCGCUUGGCAAGAGGACAGUUUAGUGGGCUACCAAGUUUAGUGACUAUCGGAUUAAUGCACUGCAAUAUACAAUAUGUGCAUACAGAUUUCCUGAACGGAACAAAAGUCAGUUAUGUCAAUUUACGUGGUAACAGUAUUGUGAAAAUCGAUUCAGAUGCCAUGAGAGGGGGACAAAUAAAUACUUUCAUUUGUAACUAUUGUGGCUUAACUACAGAUAAAGUAUUUGGAAAUGACAGCUUUCUACUUCAAAUGACUUCACUUAGAAGGUUAGAUCUCGGAUUCAAUGAAAUCACACAUGUUCCAAAGGACGCUUUUAAAGGCCUAUCAAAUAUCACCCUCCUGCGUUUAUAUUAUAACAACAUAUCCGCGAUCGAAGAAAAUCCAUUUACUGCAUUUACGGACUUGAAAUCUUUUGAAAUCCAAAAGAAUCCAUUCAAAUGUGAUUGCCAUCUGGGAUGGUUUCAUGAGUUUUCGCUUUCGCAUUUUAAAACGCAGCACGGUGGCGACCAGCUUCUCAAGAAUAUGACAUGUGCGUCUCCUACCAACCUGGCUGACAAGAAAUUUUCAGAUCUCGAGACGUCCCAGUUUUGCUGUACAGCUAUAAAUAGUCCAGGUCCUGUUUGUGAUGUCGAUAGCAACAGAACGACUGUUCUACCGGAUAGCAAAGGAACAACGGUUCGGCCAACUAGUG